AUGCUAGCGAGACUAUUCUACAUUUUAUGGUAUUAUAGAGCAAUUAAUGCUAUUAUCUUUCAAUAUAACGAUUCUGAGGACAAAUUCUAUGUGUCAUAUUAUAACCCUUACAAUAGUGAACCGUACCGGUACAAGCAUGUCUACGGCUGCAGGUUAGCCAAGAAGAUAGGCAUGCCCUUUGAUGACUUUGCAACCGCGUUCAUUUGUGAAGAGGGCUGCGAGAAGAUACCGAUUCAAUCCAAAUUACGGAUGAAUUUUUUCGGCACUUGCCUAGGCUAUGAGACGAUUUCGAUGCCCUACGAUGAGAAGCUGAAGUUGCAGCGAGUCAAUCUGUUCGAGAGCAAAGUGAAGAACUUUCACGGGUAUCCGAUGAGGGCGUACGGCGCCGAGGUGUUGCCGUUCCUUGAAAUUCGAAACCACAGCGAUGGAACGUACACGCUCCACAAGAGGGACGCAAUGGUCUGGAACACGAUGGCGGAACUCAUGAACUUUACCAUCGAUUUGUCGCCCGCCGAAGGAAAAAUCAAGAAACCUUUCGAUUACGACUUGAACAUUCAAAUGGUGUUUUCAUUUUCGCAUCGCAAAUUCGACUUGUUCUUAUUCCCCGUUUAUCAAUUUGAUUUGGUACUCGUGCAGAUAGAUAACACAUUUCCUUACAAAGAAAGCGGUGUCUGUUUUUUAGCUCAUCGGGCUGAUUUCGAAACAAUCCUUUUCGACGAGAAAUUAUUAAUGAACAACAUUAGUUUUAUCAUUCAAUUCCUUUUAUGUUUCAUAUUUUCGUGGUUCGUUUUCUUCAUUUUCAAUAUCGAGCAACGUGGCCGAACGACUUUCGAUCAAGCUGGAAAAGAUCUUGUCAAUACGGUGAGGACGAUUCUUUCUAUUGGUCUUUACAAUCCACCGAAGCAAGGUGCCUUUCGCAUUUAUUUAUUCAUAUCCCUGUGGAGUUUCUUUAUUAUCAAUUUCUCCACUCAAGCCGCUAUAAUAUCAUUUUUCUCUGCCGCCAAAAGAGGCAAGGAGGUUGACACGUUCGAAGAUAUAGCUGAAAAGGGAUACAUCGUUGAAGGUAUGGCAUCCCCAGACGUCAUCCUUCCGGAUCAUAAGAAGAUUUAUCGCGACAUCAACUCCAGACUGAUCUCGAACAAGGAUUUGUUUGGCUGCGUCAAUAAAAUGUCCAAUGACAGUCGUAGAUUUUGCCUGCUCGACUGUGCCGUUUGUAAAUACUUGGAGAGGAAUAAAAUGAACGAGAAGGGCGAGCAAUAUUUACACGUUGCCAAGGACAAAGCUCAUGGCCAUUACCUAAACAUGCUCUUCCAACGGAACUCUGCAAUCACCGAGUUGUAUAAUAAAUACAUUUUAGCAAUCGUUGAAGCCGGGCUAGUCAAUAAAUGGGAGCAAUACAGGUUUACCGAAAUUAAAGAAGAGGCACCGGUUCGUUCGAUGGCAUGGGAGGAUGUCGAAGGAAUUUAUAAGUGCUACGCCCUAUUCCUAGGGCUGAGUAUCAUAAUUUUUUUAUGCGAAAUGUCAAUAAGAAUCUUUGAUAUCAUAAAACGAUAUUCUCUCAAAAGGAUAAAGCAGUUUACAACAAAACGUGAUGAUAUGGUAGCGGAGAUUUCU